AUGUCAAUUUAAUUAUAUUUUAAUCCCCUCUCCCAACCUGCAAGAGCCGUCCAUGCAAUAUUGGUAAUUGGUAAAAUCCCACACGAUUUACAUAAUAUUGAUUUUAUGAAAUAAGAGCAAAACACACCAGAAUACAAAAAGAUAUCCCCAAGUGGUAAUGUGCCCUCAAUCGUUGAUGGAGAUAUCGCCUUGUUUGAAUCGCAUACAAUCUUGAAAUAUUUGGCUAAGAAAUUCAAGCUUGAAAAAUUAUAUCCAUCUGAUAUUGUUGAACAAGCCAGACUUGAUUAAUAUCUUGAUUGGCAUCACACAGGAACAAGAAAUAUUACAUUGGUAGCAAGAGAUUUUGUAUUCUAUCCUAAAUUCCUUGGAAAACCAGCUCCAGAAAAUAAAGACGAAAGAUUUAAAGAAUUAGAAUGGUAUCUAACGACCUUUGAAGAAAUCUUCUUGGGAAAUGGAAAGCAUAAACAUAUCUUGGGAUUUGAUGAACCAACCAUAGCUGAUUUAAGUGCCGUCUGUGAGUUGGUCACAUUAUUUAUGUUGAAUAUUGAUCUUGCUCCUCAUCCACAUCUUCAUCAAUACUUGAAACAUAUGCUUUCAAUUCCUGAAGUUAAUUAAGUUCAUCAACCAGUGUUUGGAUUUACAUAAAAAUUCGGAGAGAACUUAAGAUAAGAGUACAUCGAUCUUAUGAAAUGAGUUCUAUAUAGAUAACAAUAUAUUCAUAAAAUAUGCAUAUUC